AUGGGGGCCAACAAGAAGAAGAACAAGUCUGAUGCUGUCCCAUUAGAUUUGGAGAAUAUUAAACCAUUGGAUCACUUGCAGGCAGUUCCCAAAGCCAGAUCAUCGUCCAUCACUUCAGUCGAAUCAGUGGAAGAACCUGGGGUUAUGAAGCAGGUUUUAGUACCACCCACCAUUCGUGAAUUUGACGAAUUGGAACAAUUUGAGGCCUUUGUCCGCGAUGAGACAUGGGACAACGAGUUUGACUAUUUCCACGGUCGGUUGCAUUACUACCCUCCUUUUGUUUUAAAGGAAUGCCAUGACAACCCAGAAAAAAUCAAAGAAACUACAAAUAAAAACUCGAAAAAGUUCAAGAGAAAUUUGCAGCACCACAUUCAGAAGCAUUUGAUUAAGGACUUGCAGAAAUGUUGUGGCUAUGAGUUGAAUUUUGACAAGGGGGAGAUGAAGGAGACAUUUGAUCGGUUGUCUUGGACUUUUAGAGAUGAGACAGAUCAUGGCUUCAGCAAAGAAGAGGAGGAUAUGUAUGAUAGGCAUUGGAAGUUGGAAUUGGAUGUCUCUUGUACCAAUGAUUCUGCUAUGGUUGAUGUCGAUUUUAAGGCUAUUCCAAUCUUGCACUAA